UUUCAGGGAAUGCACGGUGAGCCAAAGAACCGACAAUGGCUGCUUUAUUUUAUCCAGGAAUCCUCACGAUGCAGUUCUUGGCAGCCAUCGCCUUCAUUUCUGGCAUUAUAUGUUCCGGUGCAAGCGGCCCUCCACUGACGCUCGAUUAUUAUGCAUCCUCGUGCCCAAACGUGCUCGAAAUAAUCCACCAAGAAAUGGAACGUGAGGUGCUCUCUGAUCCGCGUAACGCUGCUUUAGUACUCCGUCUACACUUCCACGACUGCUUCGUUCAGGGAUGCGACGGUUCGGUCCUGUUGGAUGAUACGGUCGUGCUACGAGGAGAGAAGACAGCUUCCCCAAAUAUAAACUCUCUAAAAGGUUUUGAAAUCAUCGAUAGGAUCAAGAGCAAGGUUGAAUCCGAAUGCCCUGGAAUUGUCUCUUGCGCUGAUAUAUUGACCAUUGCUGCUAGAGAUGCUGUCAUUCUGGUGGGCGGACCGUAUUGGGAUGUUCCGGUGGGGAGAAAAGACUCAAGAAGCGCAAGCUACGAGCUUGCAAACACCAAUAUUCCUACUCCGAAUCAAGGCCUCAUUGCCAUCAUUUACAAGUUCCUUUACCUCGGCCUCUCUGUCACCGACACCGUCGCACUUUCCGGGGCUCACACGAUCGGCGUGGCACGCUGUGAGAACUUCCGUGCAAGAAUAUAUGGGGACUACGAAUCGACGUCGGGCGGUAGUCCAUUAUCUGAAGUGCACCUGAGCCAAUUGAAGUCCACAUGCCCGGCCGCAGGAGGGGGAGAUAACAACAUCGCGCCUUUGGACUACGAAACGCCCUACACGUUCGACAACUCCUACUACCAUUUGCUCCUGAAUGGAGAGGGAUUGCUCAAUUCUGACCAGGAACUAUACUCAAGUGUAUUGGCCCUUCAGACCAAGCAGCUUGUGGAACAGUAUGCACUUGACGUGGCAGCCUUCUUUCAGCAGUUCUCCGUUUCCAUGGUAAAGAUGGGGAACCUCACGAAUCCGGAUAGCUUUCUCAAUGGAGAAGUGAGGAAGAGUUGCAGAUUCAUCAAUGCAUGAUCAAUAUGAUAUGAAGACUCGUUUUAUUUCUUAAUUUCUGCUGUUAUAUUUAUCGUAUGCGAACUUGAGCUAAUUACGAUUAGCAAAUUUAUUUGGAUGUUAGAACUAUUCUUGUAAUGGAGACGUGGACUGGUCUCAACACAGCCAUUAGUAGUGGUGUACCUGUACCCGAAUAUUGUGUGGAGUUAUUAUUAAGUUAAGAUCGACAAGCUCGAUCAAGUACGAUGCAUAAAACA